ACAGAAACCAAGCCCAAAAGCCACAACAUUUUAUUUGUUCUUAGUGUUUUUUUUUUUAUUGAUUUAAAGUUUUUCCCGUUGUCGCCAAAAGUCAAAGGAUUACGCGGCUUUAGUUUUGCUUGUUUUAAAUAUACUUACAGUAUUUCUUUUAUUUAAAAUUUACGCGUUUUUCAUUAAGCUACACAAAUUUAAUGAGACUUUAUUUUACUUGUAUUUGUUUAAGUAUUUCGCAUCAUUUCGCGCAAUUUGUGAAAAAGUUUAAGGGAUAAUUUAAUUCGUAAUACGAUUUGAAACAAUUUGAAAUUAAGAAAUUAAGUGUGAUCAUUUUUUUUAACUGUGGAGAGUCAUCACCCGUUUUGACCUUCUAUUUGCACAUCUCAACCGCAAAAGUGAUUUCAAUAAGUGCCAGGCACCGAUUCCAAAACAUUUUCGAGAUCGCAGAAUCAUAAUCCUACAAUAGAAGACAACGACAUGACCGAUCGUUCGUACAGCUGGCCCUGUGAUGGAGGCGUUGAUCAUGCGUAUUAUGCCGCAGCCCAAGGGCCAAUUUAUCCCUCGGCUGUGCCGCCAACAGCACUGUGUGCUGACUUCAACAACAAUCCGGGAGGCGGAUGUGGAGGGGGAUUGCGUUAUCAGUUCAAUGGAUUGCCUGGUUAUAUGCCACCGCCAGGAUUGCUGCCCAACAAGUACAGUGGUCCGUCGAUGCCAUCGCACUUGGAGGUGUGUCAAUAUGCACAUGCGAAUGGCAGCGCCUCUUGCUACAAUCGCAAUCGUUAUAUGCCCUAUAAUCAUAAUCGAGCAUGUGCAUCGGCUGCUGCCAUGGCGACCAUCAAUGGGCAUCCUCUGCAGCAGCAGGCGACCGUCUCCUAUUCUGGUUAUCAGGCAUCGUUCGCUCCCAUCUAUAAGCAGGCAGCUCCACUGACCACGCCCACAACGCUGCCCUCGGCAAGUGUUGCCGCUGUUACGCCCAGUAUUGCCAGUGUUGCCAGCAGCAGUGUUGCUGAUUUUGGUUACACCAAUGAAUUGAUCAACACCAUGGCGCCCAGUGUGGUGCCCCUCUCCUGCUCCGGCACCACCACACUCUCCACUCUCCCCACCAACAACAAGAGCAGCAGCAACAACAACAGCAGCAGCAGCAGCAGCAACAACCACAAUGGCAGCAACAGCUCUGCCGGCGAAGUCAAUGCUGGACAUGUUUAUGCCAGUGGCAGCGACACCAGCGAUACCAAUGCUGUCACAUUGCAGAUAACCAAUCUGGAUUAUUCUCAGGAUGAGGCCAGUUUGCGCAACUUCCUCAUGAAUCAAUUGAAGCCCAUUACGCCCGUCAUCUCCCUUAACUUUGAGGGCAGCUCCUAUGCCAAGGUCACCGUACCGGAUCUUUAUUUUGCCAAGCAGGUGGUGUCCAAUUUGCACCGCAAGAAGAAUGGACACAAGCGCAUGUUGGUCAGUUACACCCGUGACUCGUCCCUCACCGAGGUCAACACAUUGCGCUGUCAGGUUGCCGGACUCUUGAAGGAUGUUCCGUAUUAUACACUUCCCAUGUAUAAGUUCCGUGAGCUAUUCCAGUCAAGGUUCAAGACAUCGAUUAGUGUCCUGGAUUUGUAUAAGAUGCAGGACAUCUGUACGAUUAAUUCGGACAACAACGAAGACAAGUUCAUAAGUCUGCAACCGGAGCUGGUGAAUACCCUGGAGAGUUCACCAUUGAUGGAGGGACUUCAACACAGUGUUCCCUACUGUACGGCGCACUUUAAGCGGGAACAACACAAGGGUUGGGCAGAACAGGAGAUUGAACCAUUGCCCAACGUGUGCAUGACCAUCGCUGAGAUCCAACAACUCAUCUAUCCGCUGUUGAAGCAUCAUCCCGGUGAUAUUCCCGUUGCCACAUUGCUGCACUGCAUCGAGGAUCAGUUGAAGGUGCAAAUCUCGGCAGAUGAAAGUGGCGUCAAUCUGGAGCAUCUCGUCUGCUGUGUCCAAGGCAUACAGAUUCAAGUGAAUAACUUUGGCAUCAAGAUUUUGGGUUGGCUGGAGCUCAAUAAGGAGUUAAGUGGAGGCACCACCAGUACCUGUUCCAAUGUCAGUCUAAAUUCCAGCGAUCGACCGAGUGCCUCAAAUGGUGGGGGUUACUUUAAGAAUUCUGUCGCGGAUCCCCUUUUUCAAAUUGCUCGCGAAGUCAUCGAGCUGGUCAAGAUGUCUCCCAAGUCCACAAUGAAGUUCAAUCGCUUUAUUCCGGCUUAUCACAAUCAUUUUGGCAAGCAGUGUCGUGUGGCAGACUAUGGAUACACCAAAUUGAUUGAACUCUUCGAGGCAUUAUCCUCGGUGGUCCAGAUCAUGGGUGAUGGGGAGAAUCGUCAGAUAACGCUUACCCAUCGCACCCAGAUAAGACGCUUCACAUCGGAUCUGUUGCGUGUGCUCCGGGCACAUGGAAAUAGCUCCGUCUUGUUAUCCCAAUUGCCGGGCAUCUUUGCCCAGACGCAAAAUCGCAACUUUGAUGUUACCGAUUAUGGUGUGUGUGACAUUGUGGACAUUCUGGAUGGUCUGGUCAAUAGCAAUAUUGUGGUGCUCAACACUGUGCAACAGGGCAAAGAUAUACUCAUAUCCAUGCCAAAGCGUAAGCAGACCAACAGUGAGCUCGAGAAGAUUUGUGUCUUUGCCGGCGAGAUGGUUGAACUCUUCCAGAAUGCACUUCAAUAUACCAUACUGUUUCAGAAGUUUGUCCGCUCUUAUCACUAUCAUUUUGCCUAUCAGUGUCGUCUCAGUGACUAUGGAUUCUUCAAGCUGGCCGAUCUUAUGGAUGCCAUCCAUGGCGUCGUCGAGUUGGAGCAGAGCAACGAUGAGGACAAGAAGAUAAUGCUAUCGCCGAAAAUGGCCAGACGUGUGUUUGCCGAACAGUGUGAGGAUCUUAUACGGAAUGCCACUGGCAACUCCACCAACUGCAUGAAGUUGGAUCAAAUCCUUACGCUGCACAAAAAGAAAUAUGGAUAUCAAAUGCAGCCACAGACAUUGGGAGUCAAGGACAUUGCCAGUGCCCUGGAAAUGUUGCCCUAUGUGGAGGUCAUCUACAAGGAGCAAUCCACCUGGUUGAUAUGUCAUAAUGAUGACUUGGAAUUCCGACAGCUGUGCUAUCGUGCCUGCAAGCAUUUGUUGCUCAGGGAGACGCCAACGCCAAAGGGGGAGAGAGAUGUGAAGCUGGAGCAAUUGAGUCAGGCGCAGUUCCUCAACGAUUUCAAUGGCAAACACAAGCUCCAACUAACGGACUCCAAAUUGUCAGCCAUGCGACAUGCCAUCGAGAUUUAUACGGAGGCGGAUCAGUCCUGUGUGCGUCUUACCAGCUUUAUGCGUUUCCUAAUCUCACUGGUGCGUCUUCUGGAGCAACGUCCCAGCAUGUAUUUGCACGAACUGAAGACAGCAAUGGAUUGUGGCUUGAGCACCACAUUUGAGUUUGGUUUUCCCAAUUUGUAUUCGGUUAUUGUGGCCCAUGAUGAUCUCUUUACCAUCAAUAAUGGACCCACCCAAGAACGCAGCGAUGUCACCUUGAAUGUAAACUGUGAAUUACGUCUUAGUGCUGGGGCAAGUCACCAGCAUUUGUUUGGAUCUCUCAAGCUGCCCUAUGCCAAGCACAAGGCACAGCGUCAAUCUCGCAUUGCACUUGGCGAGCACAAUCGUCCACCUCCGGCCCAAUCGCCGCCUCCAUCAAAGACCCGGGCCAUUGCCAAUGAAUAUGCCAACUCUGUGAGCAGCUCUUUGAGCAACGUGGCCUACAAGCCACAGGUGAAGGUCAACAGUUUUCAGGCCUAUCAGGAGCAUUAUGCUACUGCUGCUGCAGCUGCUCCUGCCACAAAAUACUCGCCACCUGGCUUGGCCAACUGCUCCGUCAUGUCAUCCACAUUGCUCAAUAGCUCUGGCUCCAACGCCAAUUCGGCAUCUGGUUUGUGGAGCAGCUGCAGCAACAAGGAGAACUCUUUGAAUAGUUCCCAGCAGUUCUCACACAACAGCAGCUACAACAACAGCAACAGCUCCUUUAAUACAUCAUCGGAGCUGAACAGCAGCCUCUGUGUGGGCGAUGUCGCCUCCAGCACAGCAAUUACAGCUGCCACGUCCUAUGAUUAUUCCAGCAAACUUUGGUAUCGUCGUCAGACCAGCUUCGGCAAUCGCCAACAGCAACAACAACAACAACAACUACAAGAACAACUGCAGCUGCAACAGCGACAACAACAACAGUCCGCAUUGUUGCAGCAUCAGAACUCUAUGGAUUCUGGAAGGGAUUUAUAUAAUGCGGAUGGAAUGUCCACAAGUGGCGUCUAUGAUCCAGUCAAGUAUGAGACGACCACUUCAGAGAAGCUGCCCUACUGGAUCGAUCCCAUUUGGAGCAAUCAGCUGCAGGAGCCAAAACAGAAUUUACUAAACAUACGCUUGCCGGAGCUAAAGGCUUUCAAUGUGUUGCCGAUGUUUCUAUCACCUUACACCAUAUCGAAGCAUAAGAAUAUGAAGCGGCAAUUGUUCAAUUUCGAUAAUCACGAUCGCAAGAUUGUCUAAGGUCAGAAAAUUUGACCUUUGAACUCUCUGCAACAGAGCUCCUGGUGAGCCUUAAGUUUGUUACAAUUUGAUUUCAUUUUGAUAGAUAUUAUAUCUUUAUUAAAUUCGUUUAGUUAUAAGCACAUUUUGUUAAUGCCAAUUAUUUACAAAUUCUACAAACAAAUUUACACAUACUAUAUAAGUUAUAAUUUUUUAAAAAUUGUUACUCGGAUAACACAUCAUCAAACAUCAAUUUGUAUUUUAGUCAUAAGCAAAAAAAAAUAACUUGUUGAGUCUUAAACAAAA